CUACUGUUUUGUCGCUUUCAGGUUUCUGAAAACCUCUACACAGUAUAAAAAAGACCUAGAAGAAAUGGUGAAUAGUCAUCAUGGUAAAGUUAUUUGGCCCGAUGAGAAAAGUGAAGAAUAUCUAUGUAUCCAAUGCAACGUAGAUGAAGAAGAUAGAUUAGGAAGAAUGAAGAUAAAAGACUGGGAGAAAAAUUCAGCAGGAGUUGUGUCUGAAGUAUGCAAAAUGUUAUCUGUACAUUACAAGUACUUCGCACUUGAGGUAUUGACUGAAUUAAAGUCUGGAAUAAGGAAAAUGGGAGUGUCUAAUCCAGAAUCAGUGUUGGUUAGUUUUGAAGAAAAUAAGAUAGCUAUUGCCGGUGAAACAAAGUACGUGGAUGAAUUAAGUGAGAAAAUAAAAACUAUGAUAACUUCUAUGGAACAACACCAUGACAGCCGUGGACAGGCUAUAACGAAGAUUGUGAAACUGGAAGAGCACGAGAUGGAACUUUUUAAAGAAGCAAAGUUUCUUGAACAUCUAAAGACUGUCAGUAUUUCGCUUGAAAAUCAAAACGUCAUUCUCAAGGGAAAAAGAAAGAUGGUAAAUGAUUCGGUUUUGAAAGUAAAGGAAAUAAUCAAAAGCUUGCCGAAACAAAACAUUGAAGGUAUCAGCAUGCUUGAAAGAAGUUUACUACGUAUGAACGAAACCACAUUGCAUAUAAAACGGAUGAUGACUGGAUUAAAGGUGGUUGCUGUUUGGAAUGUUUUGGAAGACGGCGCAUUAGUAAUGUACAGCCAAAGUGCCGAAGAACUGAAGACCGCAAUAACUACGUUAAAAUCAGCACUGAAAAGUACUAAAAUAAAGGUUAACACUAGAAUUGCAAACUAUUUGCGGAAAGGAGAAGGAAAGGCAUUUCUUGAACAUAUAGAGAAAAAGUAUAGCGGUAGAGUUAAGCUAAACGCAGAUAGGGAAGAAGUAUGCAUAGUAUCAUUGAAUAAUGUGCAACAAGAAAUACACGAAAAGGUUAUGAAGUAUUUGGAUUCACAUUCAGAUGUAACGGAAGUGCUUCCUCUUGAUCCUGGUGUAUUUCGUUUCAUUUUCAGCUAUAAAAGGAAUGCCAUUGACACACUCGUGCAACAAUACAAGCGUGUGGCAGUAGAGAUUGAUAUCAUUGAUAAACAUACAAGGAAAGGCUUUAUGAUAAGUGGAGAAAAAGAAGGAUGUAAACUUGCAAUUGUUGACCUACAUGCCGUUGUGGACACUGUUGCUCGAAGUGAUCACGAUGUUGACUGGCCUAUGUUCGACCAAUUUCUUCGAAGCUCCAAAGGCAUAAAAGAGCUGAACAAAAUUGAAUUGGCAGAGAAAUGUGUUAUACGAAUUUCAACAGAUGACACCAAGGUUAUUCCUGAGAAACCAAGGAAUAGUGUGCUAGGUGAAUGUAGAAUCGGAAAUUGUAAAAUCGAAAUCAUGGAAAACGAUAUUACUGAGAAAGUGGUUGAAUAUAUUGUUAACCCGACAGAUUCAUCGAUGAACAAUAAACAUGGUUUGGGUCGUACGUUGGUCGAUAAAGGUGGUUUCAGUAUCCAGAAGGAUUGUAAUGAUUACAUUCAAGGAGUCCCUUGUCUCAAAGAUGGUGACAUAUUCGUUGGCGCUGCGGGUUGUCUUCCAUGCCGAGGAAUUAUCCAUGUAGUUGUACCUACCUGGAGGGGAGGGAACAGUAAUGAGGAAUCUAUUCUUAAUUAUGUCGUAACCAGAUGCUUAAUUGAAGCUGACACGCGCAAUUCUGCAACCAUUGCUUUCCCACCCGUUGGAGCUGGAAGAUUAGGCUACCCACGUGGAAUUAUUGCCGAAAUAAUGAUGAAAGCCGUAAAAACGUACCUUAUAGAAAAUGGAACAGAAACGUUUCUGAGACAUGUUUACAUCUGUGACAUUGACAGAGACAUGUUAUGUCUCCAUGUCAAAGCUAUAGAAAAGGGUUUUGGACAAACAACUGUCAUGAUGCCAGAAUUACUUGGAGGCGAUGAGACUGACGCAAAAGAGUCGGAUAUUACAGGAGACUAUGUCAAGGGGAUAACAAAGGAAAUCGUAACUGGGUGUAUUACGUCACAAGACACUGAUGUUAUAGCAAAUUCAACAAACUUACAACUUGACCUUCGCAUUGGCACACUUUCACGUUUACUAGUAAAGGAAGGAGGACAAGAAAUUGUAUCGGAAAUAAAAGAAAAAUAUCCGAAUGGCAUAAUGCUCGGAGACAUAGCUGAGACAACCGGAGGAAAUUUAAAAUGGAAGGCUCUGUUUCAUGGAGUUCUCGUGAAGUGGGACAAAGGUCAGGGUUACGCCGACACGGUUUUGAGGUGCUUCGUGCAGAAUUGCCUUUUCACUGCACAUAAAAGACAGUAUGCUUCUAUAGCUUUCCCCGUACUUGGUGCGGGUGCUCUAGAAUUUCCACCAGAUCAGGUUGCAGAAAUAAUGUUCAAUGCAAUAAAUUCUUUUGAAAAGGAGGUCCCAGUUUCAUCUCUAAAAUGCGUUCGAAUUUCAAUAAUGUCGGAAGACGAAAAAUCAUUAAAGGCGUUUGAGGAGUACAAGUCCCAAUGUGGCAAAAACAGACAACUUUCAAGAUUAUCUGACAUAUCGUCCAGACAAAGUUGUCAAGUAGAAAGCGUUUUCACUGAAAGCGGUGGAACAGAUUAUAACACAACCAUUGGUCAUGUUAUACUGAGUAUAGAACAGGGAGAUCUGACAACAGCUACUACCGCAGUAAUAGUAAACAGUGUUCCAGAUGAUCUGAAUAUGGAAACUGGAAAAAUAUCCCGCGCAAUCUUUAGAGCAGCUGGGAAGUCAAUACAGCAUGAAGCAAACAAGUAUAGAAAAUCUUUCAAGCAGUCGGGACUGGUUUUGACAAGUUCCGGGCGAUUGCUUUGUCAGAAGAUUAUACACGUCAAAGCAAAAAACAGUGUAGCUGGAUGGAAAAAAACUGUCACAAAAUGUCUCGCUGAGGUUGAGAAGUCGAGUUUAAACUCCGUGUCAUUUCCAGCCUUGGGUACAGGCGGGAAGGGGUUUCCUCCUUCAGAAAUAGCAAAAACUAUGAUGGAAGCUUUUCAAGAUUAUAUUCUUGGAGAAAGCUAUCAAGGAUACUUAAGGAAUGUAAGGAUUAUUGUCUACGAAACGAAAAUGGUAGAAGAAUUCACCAGAGAAGCAAAGGCGUCUCUAGAAAAUUCUCCAAGGAAAUCUUUUUUUCUUAAGUUCUGGGAGCGUAAACCAGUAGAAGAGCCAGAAUGCUCGAGAAUGGUGUUUCACAUUUAUACAGAGUCACCAAAUGGUGUCACAGAAGUAGUGAGAAGAAUUGAAGAUCUUCACAAAGAAGUUAACAUAUCAGUACCAGAAACUGUUCUCACCAAAAUGUCGGACACCGAGAUUUCUAGACUUGAAAGAAUCGGCGAGACGUAUGGAGUAUACGUGUUUGUGUCAAAUGAAGGCCUUGUAAUUUCAGGCUACGGGAAGAAUGUUGACAUAGUUAAAGAAAAGAUUCAUCUGGAAAUAGACCGGAAGUGAUGUACUCACACAACAUAUUUAGUCGAUAAAAGAGAUUUUCAACGAUAAGUCACGGAAUUUUAUACGUGUCCUUUUGAUGUACAUUUAUUUGCAUUGUGCAUAACUAUAAAACCGGUCAAUAUUAUGAUUUAUUUAAGAAAUAAUUUAUAUCAAAAGAGUGCUUUAACACUAUUUAUGCAUGAUGGGUGGUUAUACGUCGGGCGUAAUAAUUUCACGAGGUAUCACCACCCGAGUGUAUAUAUAAUGUUAAAACACGCUUGUGCUAUAAAUUAUUUCGAUUCUAAUAUCCUUUAUUUAAAACAAUAGGUAAAAUAUAGAAGCGCUUUUUCUUGGUCGCAACAAAAACUUUGACGUCACCGCACGUUAAUAUGACGUCAUUCUAGCGUAUUAGUGAAAAACAUAUUAGAUUUUUUCUUCACUUGAAUCAGAGGUGGAGGACAAACGAUUUCAGACACAGUGUAUUUGAUCAAAUUGCCAAGGAGAACAUUCCCCUCACCCGGGGAUCUAACUCACUAGAUAUGCGCCCUCCGUGUCGAUCUGAGCAGAUAGGCCUCGUUACGAGCAAAAUAAUAUUUAAAUUGGCUCUUCCUGUUUACAGAAAGUAGGGCAAUUAGAAAAUCUAUGAUGUGAAUAGCAAUCCUUAUUUCCGGAAUCAUUUAUUUUAUCCCAAAGAUUCUUAAAAGUUUUAACGCGCAAUGUGAAUCUAGUAUUAGCUUAUUUAAUCUAAAGUGAAUUUGCACCAUUUUAAACUUUUGUAAUAAUAUGUUUGUUAAAUACAGCAACAAUGUUGUUUAGUUUUAUUGCAGUCAUUUAGAAGCCUUUCCCACACAGUAUCGUUGUCUUAAGUAGAAUAAUGAAAAGUAUAAAACAAGUUAACAGUCUUAAUUGAAACAAUAGCUGACUUAAAUUGCAUAAUGUAUAGCUUUUAUCGUUAUAAACAUGAACAGUGAUUGCUUUCCAAACAUGGAUAGCGUUUAUUUUUGGAAAAAAACAACAGUUCACUGCAAUCAGUGAAUCAUUUUUGUGACAAAUAGAAUAUUGGGUUGAUUUGGAAUUGUCGGUAAUGCAUUAUGUAUUAAUUAAAUUGAUUUGUUUAUGCUAAAUUCAUAUUCCACUCAAUGUUUUUUUGAAUGCAAGAAUAUGGUCGUGCAUUUAAGGUAGAAUAAUGCAAGGUAGACGUUAUAUGGGGUGCAUAAAUGUGCAGGGAAUACACUAUAUCCCGUUUUUAAUACUUGACAGUCAGUACUACCGUUUUUCUUCUGGUUAAUUUUACUAAUUGAUUGGCUUUUAUGUCAUAUAACCAAAAUGAUAACAUAAGAUAAGCAGUAUCGUAAAGACUCAAGUUACCAAUUUCGUUCGGCCACACAAUUCAAAAUAGGUACAUCAAAAACAAUUAUUAGUUUAACUUCAUUAUGGUACCUUUCUCUGUAUGCAAACAUGUGGUCAGAAGUUCGAUAACCUACAGAAGCCUAUUGAGAAAACUAACCGGAGGAUAAAUACUUUCAAAAAGGGCCCUUUCUGGGUUUUUUUUGACUCGACUGAAUUACCUUCAGCUACAAUGAUGCUUUGAAAAGUAUAUGGUUAAAAACAAUUUUACAUCAUAGAAUAAUAUAAAAUUUUAUUUCAAACUUGCGAAACUUAAAUGCUUUGGUCCGGGCGUUCUUACUUCAGAUGAGUUAUGACGUAUUUGUGUGUACUGAUACCUUUGAUUGACUUCGGUAAUAUGUUGUAAAGCUAACCUUGGCUCAGCAGAAAAUCACUUUAGUUUACAAUAUAUUAUCCAAAAUGUUGACAGAAAAACAGGCAUACACCACAUCUCGACACGUGGUAUGUUAAAUGUUAUAUGUUAUAUUCCUGAUUAUAUAACUGUUUGAUUUUGUAUUGUCCUUAAUAAAUAAAUGUAAUGUUACUGUU